UGCUGUUUACACUGCAGUCUCUGGUUACACAGUAGACAAAACCGGUCACUGAGACACACACACACAGAGAGAGAGAGAGAGACUGACUGACUGACCAGUCUACCUUCUGCUAUGAUGCUGGAAUAACACAGACUCCCCUCUCUCUAACAUCUAACCCAUAUUAAUCUGGAAGAUGUCUGGGAAACUCGAGAGUAAACAAGACUCCCAGCGCUCCAACCUUCAAACCUUCACAAUGAGGCUAAUAGACCGGUUUCACUCCCCCAAGCCAAAAAGAGUACAUUCUUCGAAGAAAGCAUCAAAGCCUUCAGUAGAGAAAACAGUCAAGACUCCAGAGAAGCAAGAAACUAAGAGUCUCAGCCGGGUGGAAGAGAAGGAGAAAGAAGUGGUCAGUGCCUUGCGUUACUUCAAGACGAUAAUUGAUAAGAUGGUGGUGGACCGAAAAGUUUUGGAAAUGCUUCCCGGCUCCGCCAGUAAAGUGUUGGAGGCUAUCGUGCCUUUAGUGCAAAUUGACCCCAAGAUUCUGAAAAGUUCCUCCGUGUCAUCCUGCCUCAGCCGAGUGUAUCAGAGUCUGGCGAACCUCAUCCGCUGGUCAGAUCAGGUGAUGCUGGAGGGAGUGAACCUGGAAGACAAGGACACUGUUGCAAAUGUUACCAGCAUCAUCAAAGCAGUGCUGGAUGGGGUGAAGGAACUGGUGAAGCUGGUCUUGGAGAAACAACAGCUCCCUUCCCCAACAUCACCCACAGCCAAAAGUGUCCCCUCAGUCAUCAGCCCAGAGAGCGUUCCAGGACUUACUGUUAUAGAGACGGAAGACGAGAGCUCGACAAACUCCCCUGCACUGAGUCAUUCCACAGAGGCCGUGACUGACGCCCCCUCCACUGAAGAAGCAGCACCUCCCAAACCCCCACUCCCUGGCCUCCAAGUGCCCAAGCAUUGUCCCCCAGCUCUUCCCCCUAAGAAGCGUCAGUCAGCGCCGUCUCCUACCCGAGUCGCCGUCGUGGCUCCUAUGAGCCGUGCCACGAGCGGGUCGAGUCUUCCGAUCGGCAUCUGUAGACAGGACUUUGAUGCAGAUGGUUUACAGCGACGUUUUUCUGGUGGCAGUCACUCGUACGGUGGCGAGUCCCCGCGCGGCUCGCCCUGCGGCAGCAUGGGUAAAUUGAGCAAGUCAGACGAGCAGCUGUCCUCUCUGGAGCAGGACAGCGGACAGUGCUCUCGCAACACUAGCUGUGAGACUCUAGAUACAGCAGAAAGCUACGACCCAGACUAUGACUUCCUCAGAGAGGACUUGUCCAGCGUGGAUCAGAUUUCUCUGCCUGCCGGAAGCUGUCUCAGCCCCCUUCCCGAGUCCCAUCGGGAGCCAUUGUCCUCCCCAUAUCCAGGCCAGAUUCCCUACGGAUCUCCCACUUUCUAUCACUUUGUCAUUCCUACUCCACCGAUCGCCUUCAUCGCACCUCCUGCUCUGCCGCAAAAGAAGCGGCGCAGCGGCAACCCUCAGACUCCCUUAGACGGUCUGGCUUGUCAAACGCAGUUCGAGCGCCUCCACUCCCACUACGACAACGUCACGGAUGAGGAAAUUCCCGUUCCACCGUUCCCUCUGUUCACUCAUUUCAAUGCUAUGGUCGAAUAUGGGGGGGACUUUUUCGUGUCCGAGAACUCGUCCGUGCCUCAAUCUCCUCCACCUCUACCUGAGAAGAAGAGCAGACACAUCCUGAAGUACAUGCAGUUUGUGGAGGAUUAUUCGGAACCGCAGCCAUCCGUCUUCUACCAGACACCACAGAGCGAGAGCAUCUACGAGCAGCGCAACAGGCUCAUACAGGAAGUGUACGGCUUCAACGACUCUUUCAGCAGCAACGACUCCGUACACGAGCCCCUCCCUCCUCCGGCGCUCCCACCCAAACAGAGGCAGCUGAGCCAGAAUGCUAGUGACGAGGGUGGGUACGUCAAUCUGUAUUCAUCCAGCCAAGCCAACGGAGACCUGCCAAUCUCAAACGGUGACCCCAACUGUGGCACAGAGGACCCUCUCCAGGACUCGGUCUCGGACCAUACCAAGGAGCCGACUGACUCGGACAGCUGGCAGCAGAAAUGUGCCGACUCGGACCUGAGCUCGGAGGAGCUAGAUGAGCUGUCCCUUGUGGAUCACCAUGAGAUCAUGGCCCGUAUCACACUAAAGCAGGAGAACGACGACGGACCAGAUGUUCGAGCGGGAUCAGGAGACGUUUUAUUAGUACAUGCAACAGAAACGGAUCGCAAAGAUCUGGUUUUAUAUUGUGAAGCCUUCCUGACGACGUACAGGACGUUUCUAACCCCAGAGGACCUCAUUAAGAAGCUCUAUUAUAGAUAUACUAGAUUUUCUCACAGUUCAGACAACAUUAAGAAGCGAGUCAGCAAAAACACCUUCUUCGUGCUGGUGCGUGUUGUGGACGAGCUUUGUUUGGUGGAGUUGACAGAAGACAUUCUGAAGAACCUCAUGGACCUGGUGGUCAGUCUGGUGUGUAGUGGGGAGCUCAGUCUGGCCCGUGUCCUCCGAAAGAACGUUUUAGAUAAAGUGGAGCAGAAGAAGCUGCUAAGCUACACUAAUUCGUUGAAGCCGCUGGCCGCCCGCAGCGUCGCCGCCAGGCCCGGUACUCUUCAUGACUUCCGCAGCCACGAGAUUGCAGACCAGCUCACUCUCCUGGACGCAGAGCUCUUCUACAAAAUAGAGAUCCCCGAGGUUCUGUUGUGGGCAAAAGAACAGAACGAAGAGAAGAGUCCGAAUCUUACCCAGUUCACAGAACACUUCAAUAACAUGUCUUACUGGGUUCGUUCUCUAAUAAUCACACAAGAAAAAGCCCAAGACCGAGAAAAACUCCUCCUCAAGUUUAUCAAAAUCAUGAAGCACUUACGAAAGCUUAAUAACUUUAACUCCUACUUGGCAAUACUGUCAGCUCUGGAUUCGGCACCUAUCCGGAGACUGGAGUGGCAGAAACAAACCUCAGAGGGUCUAGAGGAGUACUGCACUUUAAUCGAUAGCUCCUCGUCGUUCCGGGCGUACAGAGCAGCCUUGGCAGACGUGGAGCCUCCCUGUAUACCGUAUCUAGGUCUGAUCCUUCAGGACUUAACCUUUGUGCACCUCGGGAAUCCUGACUUCUUCGGAGGGAAGGUGAACUUCUCGAAACGCUGGCAGCAGUUCAACAUCCUCGACACCAUGCGGCGCUUCCAGCAAGUACAUUAUGAUCUCAAACACAACGACGACAUCGUGUCCUUCUUCAACGACUUCAGUGACCAUCUCGCCGAGGAGGCGCUGUGGGAGCUCUCUCUCAAGAUCAAGCCACGGAACAUCACGCGCCGCAAAACAGAGCGGGAGGAAAAGACGUAGAACUUCAGGGUGUCGCACUGCAACAGAACUCUGUUCAAGUGGACUCAUGAAGUUAAAUUAAGCAAUUAAGAAGUGACCGUGCCGGCAGCUACGAAACUGUUGGGAACUGUAUGACGUUUUCGGUUUCCGUAAGUUUACUGGAGGUUUGGGAUCGCACAGCAUCUUGACCUGUGAAUAUUUUUAAGGGAGCUUGCAGGACACAGAGGUGUGAGGGCCAGCGAUGCCUCGUUAUCUGGACAUGUCACUCUACACACCUCCAGACUGUGAUGUAAUUCCCGAGGAGAAGAAUGACUUUUUUUUUUAACAGUGCACAUAACGAGUGUUUACGACAGACUUUAGAAAGAUUGUCACGUCCAUGUUUUAACAGCUUGCAGCUAUUCGGUACUAGGUAUCCUUGGUAUUAAUAGACAGUUAAUAUAAAAGGCAUGAUUGAAAUUUUCACAGACUUUAGCACCUUCAGCUCAUGUUGCGUCGAGACGAUGUGACCUCCUGAACAGGUUUACAUAGAGCUCGCUGGACUGUUAACACCGUCCUCGUGUUCCUGGUUAGGACUAACUGCUCCUCGGCCGUGGAUCGUUAUCGUACUCUCUGGAAACAAAAGGCUUUACAACACUUAACAUCAAGUCUUCCAGUUGUAUUUAUUUAAAAAAAAAAAAGUCUACUUUUCAGAGAAAUCUAUCAUGUCUUGUGAAUUGUAGAGUUGUGUGCAUUGGUAGGUGCAGAUCCCUAUAUUUCAUGUUUGUGAUUAAUGCUUAUAGAAAGUCAUCCGGAUUCAGCUGUUGAGGCGUCGGAGGAGUAACGGAUCUCUCUGUACUAUGGAUCCAGUCUCUCUAUUACAGUGUGCGUUCAGAACCUGAUACCAAGUGCCUACAGCUGUUCAAAUGGUGCCGUGAUUCGUCAUUUAUUUUUGUAUAAUGUUCCAUUUUUUUUUACGUUAAACAUUUCACACGGACACCGCCAGGAAGCCGACACCCUCUCUCUCACCCACUCGACGGUAUGAAAAGUGUUCACUUGAAACUGUUUGUGGGGGAAAAAAACCCACCUGUAUAAAGAGCAUAUGAAGGCAUUCUGUGAGGGUGAUGUGAGCUUUGUGAAUACUGGAAGGAGUCAUUUAUUAAAAUGAUUGAUGUGGAAUUAAA